AUGGAAUUCCGCCUGACUGAUCCUGUGCACAACGUUUGCAGAAAGCCAAAAAAGGGUGAAGUUGUUCCAUUCCCACUUAACUUCAUGAUCGAUGAAAUCAUGAGACGAACGCUAGAAAGUCUCCAAAACCCUGGUGUUCACAUAGCCAGUGAAGAAAAUCUUGCCGAUCUGGAAUAUGCAGACGACAUCGUUCUCAUGUUCGAGGAGGAGGAGAAGGCGCAAGGACUAACUGUCAUGCCACCCGAAGGAAACACGAGGGCUGAUAUACUGCCAGGUGGCCCAAGCCUAGACAUGGGAAGUCGAGGGGGCAGAGGUCGGGUUCGAACCACGGACCCUCCAGUCAGACGUAGCACUGGGAAGCCACCUCAGCUGGAACAAACAUCACGCGACUUGCCAUCGAGUGCGGACAAGUGGCCACAUUGGACGAAACCGGGCUCGCCAACCAAACAAUCGACGGCUUUCAGUGGGCAGCCCGGACGCAACGACAAACAACAAGCUGUCGCCAUGACAUUGGAACAACAAAUGUUUCGACAGCAUGAGUCGAAAGAUCCUACCGGUGAAAGGGAGAAGGUCUUCGCUGCGGAGAGCUUCUCCACACUCAGCUGGCCAGUUGCUCGCGCCAACCGUAACUGGGCACCAGGCGCCGGCUGCACACCUUCGACGAACUGA